UUCUUGUUGUAGCUAACAGUGACUUGCACAGUGGAGCACACAAAGCAGAAAAUGAAUAACGACUAGGUGUAAUAAUAAGAGACUAUUUAAAAAAAAAAAAAAACUAUUACUCAGUCUGAACUUUACGUGAUAUUUGGAAAACAUCGCCCUCGGCAUGACAAAAUACACACUUCUUCUUCUAACUGUUGCUGUGGCCUGUGGUCUCAAUCUCAAAAGAGGUGCUGGUAAUGAGCAAACAUUGGCACAUUCGUCAACUUUGAAAAGAGUAGCGAGAAAGCUAGCGGUUGAUCCAGACAGCGCACGCCCACUACGACGCAUCAAGAGGCGAUGGGUCCUGACUACCAUUGAGGUUGAAGAAGGAGAUCCUGGUCCCUUUCCCAAGUUUGCUGCAAAUCUUUUCAAUGACAAGGAAGCCAACAUUACCAUUAAAUACCUAAUCAGUGGUCCAGGAGUUGAUGAGAAUCCACGUGGAUAUUUUUCCGUGGAUGACAAAACUGGGGAAGUGUACACUCUUAAGACCAUAGAUCGGGAAGCAACGCCCACCUUUGUAAUCAAGUUUGAUGUAGCUGACCGGAGAACGGGAAAAAUAGUUGACCGGUCCUUGGUGUUUAAUAUUGAUGUAAAAGAUAAAAAUGACAAUGCUCCAAAGUUCAAGCAGCCAGUAGUAGAUGUCCGUUUGAAAGAGAACACUCCGGCAGGGAGUGAUGUCAUUCUAUUGCAAGCUGAAGACAUUGACAAACGUGGCACCCCCAACUCAGAAUUCUCCUAUUCUGUUGUUUCUCAGGAGCCCUCCUCAACAAAAAACAAAUUUAACAUUAAUCUGGACACUGGCAUUGUGUCUUUUGAAGGGUGUUUGGAUUAUCAGUCUACCAAAUCCUACAAGAUACUUGUUGAAGCGAAAGACCACGGAGAACCACAACUUUCAUCCACGGCAACAGUGAAUGUCAAAAUUGAAGACGCUAACAAUAACCCACCAGUGUUUGUUAAGGAAGAGUUCACAGGAAGCGUGAAGGAACAGCAGGUAGGUGUGCCUGUAUUAAGGGUCAGUGUGGAAGACAAAGACACUCCCAAUACACCAGCAUGGAGAGCCAAGUAUACCAUAGCAAAAGGCAAUAAAGAUGGCAAUUUCAAGAUAGAGACUGACCCACAAACAAACGAUGGAGUCCUCACAGUAAUCAAGCCCAUGGACUAUGAGAAGGGAUCUCGAAAUGAGCUGGUCAUUUUAGUGGAGAACGAGGAGCCUCUUUACAUCUGCCCCGGAGUGGGAGGUAGUGCCCCAGCAGCAAGGGGGCACAGUGUUCCUGUGGUCGUCAAUGUUGAGGACGUCAAUGACCCUCCCCAUUUUGAGCAUCGCGAGAUUACAUUCUACCAGACUGAGGGCACCAAGGCCCCAAUACAGCUUGGCAAGGUUCAUGCAGUAGACCCGGAUGCAGCACACAGUACUCUAAGGUAUGAAAUACCUGCAGGCAGUGACCCAGCGAAAUGGUUAACAAUUGAUAAAAACACUGGUGAGGUUACAGCCAUUUCAGAAAUGGAUAGAGAAUCUCCCUCUGUUAACAACAGCAUUUACUCCGUGAUUGUGCUUGCUAUUGAUGACGGUAAGCCCCCAGAGACUGGCACAGCCACAGUGUUCAUCCAUUUGAUGGAUGUCAAUGACAACAACCCCUUCCUUGUCUCCAAAUACUUGCACAUGUGUGACGACCCCAAAAGCACCUCCAUCUUAGUAAAGGCUGUAGACAAAGACAUUGAGCCAUACUCAGGACCCUUCAACUUCCAGCUCCUGGACAAGGGGAAUGUUGUGACGAACACAUGGAAACUGGAGCAAGCACAGGGGGAGUCCAUUAAACUUUUAAGGCUGCGAGAACUGCCACCUGGCAACUACACCGUGCCUUUGAAAAUCUUUGACCAGCAGGGCUUAUCUGCAGAGGAGGACCUUGUGUUAAGAAUUUGCGAGUGCUCUCAAGAGGGCAUCUGUAGACCUUUGGAAGCUCAGUCGGCCAAUUUUGGAGGAGCUGCUAUUGGUGCCCUGAUAGGAGCUCUUCUACUGAUGCUGUUACUCUUGCUCUGUUGUAUGCUCUGUGACUGCGGUGGAAAGAUGAUCAGAGAGUUCCCUCCAGGCACUGCUGAUGAAGGAAAUCAGACCCUCAUCAAGUACAAUGAUGAAGGAGGUGGCUGCCCUUCUCAGGCUUCCUCAUCAGUCAUUAUGCCUUUACCUACAGCUGACCAUGGAAUGACAAAGAAUAGCAUGCAGACUGGCCAGUGUGGGAAUGGGUUUCAGAAGAGGUGCAGCCAGGAUAUGGCUGUAUUUGAAUCGGACGGAGUCACCCUGAUGUUACCUGUACGCAGCUCCUGGGGCUUGAGGGAGGACAGGAUGUAUGGGAGGCAUACUGAGACAGCCAGGUACUCCCGAACAACGAGCCUUCAAGCAGGGAAUCUGGAAUCUGAGAGAAAGAAUCUGCAAGAGAAGAUUGCUACGAGGCUGUAUGCCCUUAAUGGUUUAGAUGCUAACUUUAAUAACAACGAGCUGCACUUCUAUGCUGAGGAGGGUGAGCUCCACAGACUCCAGUCCCUGGAUAACAUCAGUAUUGCCGACAGCAGGCAAGGACUUGACUUCCUGAACGACUUAGGGCUAAAGUUCAGCAUGCUGGGAAGAGUCUGCCAAGAGGGCCUGGUGCAGAAAGGCUUUACAUUGAAGUCAGUAACAAAGAGUUAUUGACCAACAUAUUGUGCACUCAGAUUAUACCAAGUGACCCCGUUGUGCAAUUCUCCAUCUAGUUCAGGCAAACCCUAAAGGCACACAUUGAAAUAAUUUCAAAUGUAUAAUUGCACAAGAACAGCUCUUGGGUGUCCAGUAAUAUAUUCAGUUAAAGUAACAGAUUGGGAUCGAAAGAUGUGCAAUUAUUAGCAUUUUGACUGAGUGUCUCUUGUGGUGUGUUAUAAUUGUGUCACACAAUACAGUGGACACUUUUUCAAACUUUCUAGGGAGUUUUUUAUGUUUUGUUUUGUUUAGUACACUAACUAUUAGAAAUAAAAUGAAAACAAAUCAAGUGUUAAUUUUUUAAAGGUUCAUUUCUACUGGUGUUUUGCUUCUUAGAUAUUAUAUUUUUAUGUCCAUAUUUUCAAAACUUGCAUUACAAAGUUUUUUUUUUUUUUUACGUAAACAAAUCUGCACAUGUCAUGUUUUUUCUAGUUAAACAAUUUCAAUUACAUAAAAAAAAACAAUAAAUAAUAAAUAGUGGUCUGCAAGGGAAGGUUAUAUCCAUUUAUGGUUGUGGUUGUAUGUUAAGUAUGUUACAGAUUUUAUAUUUACCGAGGAAAAUGUUACCCAGAAAACACUUCAUAGCCUAGACUGAUUUUCACAUGCAUGUACUUUUUGAAAACAAAGAUUUGUAUGUUAUUCUUGUUUUGUUCAACUGUGUGUUUGGUAAUUUACAGAGCGUAAAUCCCAUUCUCUGCAUGUUUACUAAAAUGACAUCACUGUAUGGAGCAAAGCAUCCAAAAAAAUAAUAAACUUUUUAAAAUAACCACUUCAGGGUCAUGGGUU